AUGUCAUAUCAGAGCGACGCUUACUCCGAAGAUCCUGAUGGCUCGUUGCACAAGUCUCUGGCUUCGCUGGUUGACCAAGAAUGGUGCGACAACGAAGAAGACAAACACAGUUCUUGCUCUUCCGUUAUCAAGAGAGCUCAGACUCCAUCUUCGCAAGUAAGCAAAACCUCAUAUGAGCCUCUUGAUGGUACAAAGAUACGUAUUCUACGAUUGCACAAAGGGCGGUUUGGAGAUUGCUUGCAUGGAGACUUUGAAACUGUGAGCCUUCGGGUUCGAGACGAAGAGUCAGAAGAGCCAGAAACGAGAAGAUCAGAUGGAAGGGAAAAUGCUCCACCAUAUGAAGCCGUUUCAUAUACCUGGGCCAAAGGAAAUGGCAGACGAGAAAAGAACCAUGCUAUAUUUAUCGGAAAGCGUUGGAAGUCACUUCCAAUUACUGAAAACUGCUAUGAUGCCUUGCAAAACUGUCGAUUCGAUGACCGAGAUAGACGUCUCUGGGUUGAUGCAAUCUGUAUCAACCAGUCAAACAUUUCUGAAAGGACUCAUCAAGUCGGCAUGAUGAGACGUAUCUACUCAACUGCCAGCCGCGUUCUGAUAUACCUAGGGAUGGAUGAUACCGGGAGCGGCUCGGAAAUCAUGGAUGAUCCCCAGACUCUUAGUGGUAACUCAUAUUUCUCGCGUAUAUGGGUGGUACAAGAGAUUGCGUCUGCGAAAGAGGCGCUUGUUUUGUAUGGCCGUCAAGCCAUGCACUGGGACUUUUUCCACGGAAACCUACAGCGCUUGUCUAGUAGGAGAUGGAUGCGGCAUUUUGGAUCCCCCCAGCAGAUCGAUGAUAGUCUUGAGUUCUUGACCCUGCUAGAGGAUACAUGGAACUGCAACGCUUCUGAUCCAAGGGAUAAGAUAUUUGCUUUACUUGGGCUCUGGAAGAAACCAGUAGAGCCAGACUACACGCUAUCACCUCAAGCUGUGUACACAGGGUUGGCAUCCACCCUUGUGAGGGAUGAGAGCUGGGAAGUGGUAGCACAAUUACUUGAUAUGGCGACCCAUGGCCGCUCGAUGCCUGGCCUCCCAUCAUGGGUUCCUGAUUGGAGCGAAAAGAGUCAACGGUCGUACCGACCUGAUUGGAAAAGUCGCUUCCCCUCUCAUUUAUUCCCGCUUCGGUCAGAAGAUGAUGGAGGAUUUCGGGUCCAUGGCAAAACCGGCUCUUUGUGCAUUCUGGCCGAUGAGAUCGACAUAAUGGCCCCAUACCUUUCCCGUGGGUUCCAUUCAGCCACCGAUGGGAUGGUUACUGUGGAGGCUGGAUGUUUUGAGGUCUCAGUAGCCCCUGAGGUCCUGAAGAUAUGCGAACCCACUGACAGUAUUUUCCGCCUUUCUCAGGAUACAUUCUGUCUUAUCCUUCGGAAGAAAGCCGACCCCAAUGUCUACAGCUUUAUAGGACUUUGCAAAUACUCGAGUUCAUGGAACGAUGAGCAGGAACUUGAUGCCAUCAGAUAUCUCCUGGACUGGGCUUGGCUCUUUUCACUAGGGCAGAAACAACCCUGGUCGGAGUUCACUACUUGGACGAAUAUCCAGCUUGAAGAAGCGCAUACUUGGCUAGACGAUAACUUUAAUCAACACCUAUCUGCGCUAUCCUCCUCACCCAGCAGCGAAUCAUCCCUCAAUGAGAUCUUCGCACUCAUAUACCGCGAACAGUUCGAACUCCUCUGGAUGUUUCUUUUUGGACAAGACUCUUUCUUCAUCCGACAUGAUGAAAUUGGCGCUCAGCUUGCACGCUGUUUUUUCUGGAGGUUUGAUCGCAGCAUCAAAAAGGCUUGCUAUGUUGCUCGGAAACAGAAGCUUCUGACUCACGACGAAACUAGGAAACUAUGGACCAUGUUCCUUGACUGGCUCACAGAGGGAUUGUUUGAGGAGCAGGCUCGAGAAAUACCAUCGGAAGUAUACGAUGAUCGGCCACGUUCGCAACUUGAUGCAGAAGAAAGUAUCUAUGACGAUGACGGGCGUCGGCCCUUGCGUAAAAUGAAGUGUGAAGAGGUGCUUAUUGUGCCGAAAACACAGGAAGCGGUUUUGCAAUGGUCUAAGCGAGCAUCAAUUUUUUCACACACGCGGCCUCCAGCAUUUUACAGAAAACCGACACUAUCUGAGCUCGUCCACUCAGAAAUUUGGCGACGAAGGCUUCCGGAAAGGACCUUUGCUUUUCUAUUCGACGACACUGAGACCACUCCUCAACCAACGCAAUCCGAUGACAGAAAUUUGGAAGAACUGCUUGCCCGUGAUCAGCUAUACAACUGCGGCGGGCCUUCAGUCAAAGGCUGGAGACAGGAGACUGAGUCGUGGAAGGCUGUGGAGCACUUCAAGGGUUCCUUAGCUAUGAAGGUCUCGCAGGUGUACCUAUCGUUGCUGGGCCUGCUGCCGAUGGUAGCAGGUCUCGGCCAGCAGUCAAUUGUCGCCUUCAACAAGUCAGAUGAUGCAUUUCAGCUCGUGGGUGGAGAUGCUGGGUCUGGUCAGAUUCGUGUCUCUAAGGAUGAGUACUGGGGUGUGAUUCGCGCAGCUGGCGAUCUCGCUGUUGACUUUGGCCGUGUCACUGGCACGAACUUCACUCUGAGCAACGGCAAGAAGAAGGCAUCACCGGCCAAGUAUAAGUUUAAGCCUGUGGAUGUUAAGAAUAACACACAUUACCGCACCCUUGAUGAGCAGCACUUCUCUGGACCGAACUACUCAGACCCCAACGCUGGCAACACCAAGAUCAUCGUUGGUACAAUUGGCCACUCUGAGCUCAUUGACAAGCUUAUCAAAGAUGGCUCCCUUGAUGUCAGCAAGAUCAAAGGCAAAUGGGAGUCUUUCGUCAGCCAGCUUGUCAAAGAUCCUAUCAAGGGCACUGCUGAAGCCAUGGUCAUUGCUGGAAGUGACCCAAGAGGCACAAUCUACGGUAUUUACGACAUCAGUGAGCAGAUUGGUGUGAGUCCUUGGUACUGGUGGGCAGAUGUUCCUAUCCGCAAGCGAGAUGAGAUCUUUGUGCUCGCUAAGCCCAAGGUUCAGAAGUCUCCUUCCGUCAAGUAUCGAGGUAUCUUCCUCAACGAUGAGCAGCCCGGUCUUUCCAGCUGGGUCGGUUCACGCUGGGACCCAACCUGGAACAACAAGGCUCCCUACAACCACGAGUUCUACGCCCUCGUCUCGGAACUGCUGCUCCGUCUUCGAGCCAAUUAUCUUUGGCCCACUGUCUGGGGCAGCAUGGUGUAUAUCGAUGACCCUCUCAACCAGCCACUUCUCGACGCUUAUGAGAUUGUCCUCGGUGGAUCUCACACUGAGCCCAUGAUGCGAGCCCAGAACGAGUUCCGAACGUUCUACGAGGGUGAGUGGCAGUACAAGACCAACAACGAGACAAUCGACGAGUACUUCCGCUAUGGUGUUUCUCGAGCAAAACCGUAUGCUAGAAACAGUCUUUGGACUAUGGCUAUGCGAGGAACUGGCGACACAGCUAUCGAAGGCGACCUCGGCAUUGACGGCAUUGUUGAGAUGCUCGAGACUCUUGUUGAUAACCAGCGAGAGAUCCUCAAGGAAGGCCUCAAGGUUAAGAACUUGACUGAUGUUCCAUCUCUGUGGUGUCUCUACAAGGAGGUUCAGUCUUACCAAGAGCGCGGUCUUGUCGUCCCCGAGGAUAUCACCCUACUCUGGGCAGACGACAACUGGGGCAACAUCCGUCGUCUCCCUCUUGCCAACGAGACAGACCGCUCUGGUGGUGCUGGUGUUUACUAUCACUUCGACUACGUUGGCGAUCCCAGAAACUACAAGUGGAUCAACACCAUUCAGCUCGAAAAGACCACCGAGCAGAUGACUCUCGCCUACCACCGAAACGCCCGUCGCAUUUGGAUCGUCAACGUAGGUGAUCUCAAGCCAAAGGAGAUUCCCAUCAGCCACUUCAUGGAUCUUGCCUACGACGUCGAGAAGUGGGAGAAGGACACAACGAAAUGGGUUGAAGCCUGGGUUGAGCGCGAGUUUGGCAGUGAACACGUCGAGGCCAUCACGAGCAUCAUGACGCGCUAUGGCAUGUACGCUGCCCGCCGCAAGUUCGAGUUACUUGAGCCUCAAGUCUACUCCGUGAUCAACUACCAUGAAGCCGAGGCUAUUCUUGAGCAGUGGGAUACCUUGAAGGAGGAUACCCAGGCUGUUUACGAUAAGCUUGAUUCAGAGUAUCAGCCUGCUUUCUUCGAGAUGCUGCUCCAUCCUGUUCUUGGUGGUGAGAUCGUGAAUAAGAUUCAGAUCUACGGCGCUAGGAAUCAGUUGUAUGCGGGGCAGAAACGUAACUCUGCUAAUGAUGUUAUCUGGAAGUCUGUGGAUUUGAUGUAUAAGGAUUCGAACCUGACUCAGCGAUGGAACGAGGUUCUUGAUGGCAAGUGGGCACACAUGCUCGACCAAACCCACCUUGGCUACGAUGGAUACUGGCAACAGCCCAUGAGAAACACCCUUCCCGAUCUCCGAUUCGUCCAAGACGUCUGGCCCUCACUCGGAGGUCAAUACGGCGUUGGCGUCGAGGGCUCAAACGCAACUAUCCAGGGUGACAGCCGCUGGCACUCCUUGUCCUCCAACAGCCUCGAACUUCCUCCCCUAGAACCUCAUGGAGCUCAGUCCCGAUACUUCGAUGUCUUUCACCGUGGAAACAAGGGUUGCAACUGGCGCGCAGCACCAUGGGAGGACUUUGUCCAGUUGUCGCAGUACAAUGGUACAGUCGGUGGUGAUAAAGGUACCGAUAGCCGUGUUUACAUCACGGUUGAUUGGGAUAAUGCACCCCAGGCGCCUAACACGACACAAGUCAUGAUCAACAUCACUAGUGACUGCCGUGGCUUUGAGAAGUAUGCUGGUGAAGAGCCAAAGCUUGUUGUCACUGUUAUCAACCGCGAGGUUCCUGAUAGCUUCAAAGAGGGAUUCGUUGAGUCUGAUGGACAUGUUUCUAUCGAGGCAUCUCACUAUCAGAAGAUUCACGAGGGUGACUCUGACGACUCCUCUCUCGAGUAUCACACCAUUAAGAACUACGGCCGUACUCUCGCGGGUAUGGGCUUGUACCCACUUAACACGGAGAAGCUUAAGAUUGGCGAGGGUCCAGCUCUGGAGUACGACAUGUAUCUCUUCAGCAACAACUCAGCCGUCAACGUAACUGUCUUCAUGUCCCCAGGUGCCAACUACCUCGGCGACCGCAACCCUCUCCAGUACGGCAUCACCCUCUUCCCAGCGGACAAGUCGCAACCUGACCCCAAGAUCGUUACUCCUAUUGGUCCUAAUAAGGGAACUAACAUGCCUGAUGGCUGGGGUUACGCCGUUGGUAACGCUGUUUGGGGCUUGUACGGAAACUACACCACUACGGCUUUCAAUGUUCCGAAGGAGGGUGCCUACAAGUUGAGGAUCUGGGCUCUUCUGCCUAAUAUCUUGAUUCAGAAGAUUGUGGUUGAUCUUGGUGGUGUUAGACAGUCUUAUCUUGGCCCGCCUGAGAGUUUCUUGCUGGGACGAGAUGAGAUGGGUAAGUAUAACGGUACCUCAUUCGCGAGCACGCCUGGAAUCGUUGGAGGAACUUUUGAUAAAGAGUAA